CAUCCUGAUGAGGGCACCACUGCAGACCAUGCUGUGCCUGGGGUUGUGGGCAGCUGCCCUGCUCUGCUUGUUUUCCCCUGGCACCGUGCGAGGUGACUGCUGGCUGAUUGAGGGGGACAAAGGGUAUGUGUGGCUGGCCAUCUGCAGCCAGAACCAGCCCCCCUAUGAGACCAUCCCCCAGCAUAUCAACAGCACGGUGCACGACUUGCGUCUGAACGAGAACAAGCUCAAAGUGGUGCUCUACUCCUCUCUCAACCGCUUCGGCAACCUGACUGAUUUGAAUCUGACCAAGAAUGAAAUCUCCUACAUUGAGGAUGGGGCUUUCAUGGGUCAGUCAAACCUCCAGGUCCUACAGCUGGGCUAUAACAAACUCACCAACCUGACAGAGGGCAUGUUGCGGGGCAUGGCCCGUCUCCAGUUCCUCUUUGUACAGCAUAACCUAAUUGAGCUGGUCACCCCUACUGCCUUUUCUGAGUGCCCCAGCUUGAUUAGCAUUGACCUGUCAUCCAACCGCCUCAGCCGUCUGGAGGGCAACACUUUCACCAGCUUGAGCAACCUGAUGGUGUGCGAGCUGGCUGGCAACCCCUUCAACUGUGACUGUAGCCUCUACAGCUUUCUUAACUGGCUGGCUCUCUUCAACAAUGUCACCAAGAACUAUGACCGUCUCCAGUGUGAGACUCCACGGGAGUUUGCUGGGUAUCCGCUUCUGGUGCCUCGGCCUCACCACAACCGCAAUGCCAUCACCAUCUUCCAGUCCAUGUGCAGAGGGGGCACCAUCCCCUCCCUCUCCAGGGUCAACCCAACUCCUUACACCCCUGACUCCCAGCGAGAUCUGGAUGAGGGGUCAGCCAUCAGCCCUGGGGAUUUCCUCUCAGUCAAGCCACCAGCUUCUUCCACCACUGACUCCUCCUUCAGUCCCAGCAUCAAGCUACAUGAUGUCACGAUCACUUCAGCCAUCCUGAUGGUCACCAUCCCCAUGCCCUACAGUAAGAUGUAUGUGCUGGUCCAAUACAACAACAGCUACGUUUCUGACAUUGCGACACUGAAGAGCAAGAAGGAGUAUGUCACUGUCAACAAGCUGAAGGCCCACACUGAUUAUACAUUCUGUGUGGCCUCUAUCCGCAACAACAGGCGUUACAACCAUACUUGCCUGACCUUUGCAACCCGGAGCAAAGGCAGGGAAGAUCCUAUUUCUAGUACUUCCACCACUACACACUAUAUUAUGACCACCCUGGGUUGCCUCUUUGGGAUGGUCAUUGUCCUGGGGGUGGUGUACUACUGCCUGCGGAAGCGGAGGAUGCAGGAGGAGAAGCAGAAGUCACUCAAUGUCAAAAAGACCAUUCUGGAAAUGCGUUAUGGAUCGGAUAUUGAUACCAGUACCAUGGUCCAUCCUUCCCAGAAGCUGGGUGAGCCACCUGUCAUUCCUGUCUCACGGAUGUCCUCCAUCCCUUCCAUGAUCGGGGAGAAGUUGCCCCCAUCAAAGUCAAUAGAUGCUGGGAUGGAGACUCCUAAAGUCACCGCUAAAGGUAACUACAUUGAGGUGCGGACUGGUGGUGGGGAUGGGCUGGAGAGAACGCAGCGAGAUGAGGACCUGAGGGAGCUUGACAAUGGGCAAGGCUCAGCUGCUGAGAUCUCUACUAUAGCCAAGGAGGUAGACAAGGUCAACCAGAUCAUCAACAACUGUAUUGAUGCCCUCAAGCUGGACACAGCAUCUUUCCUGGGUGGUGGGACUGGUGUUGACUCAGAUAUGGCCUUUGAGUGCCAGUCCAUCCCAGCCGGUUCCUCAAGUGGGCUAGAGCGGCCCAGCUUUCUUUCCCCACCCUACAAGGAAAGCUCCCACCACCCUUUGCAGCGCCAGCUCAGUGCUGACGCUGCUGUGGCCAGAAAGACCUGCAGUGUCUCCUCUAGUGGCUCCAUCAAGAGCGCCAAGGUCUUCAGUUUGGAUGUGCCUGACCACCCACCACUCAGCAAGUCUGACUCCAAAUACAUUGAGAAGGGCAGCCCCCUAAACAGCCCUUUGGAUCGUCUUCCCUUGGUGUCUCCGAGCGCCAUCCACCACUUGGAGGUCAAGCCUUCUUAUCAUUGCAGCGAGCACCGUCACUCCUUCCCGGCCCUGUACUAUGAGGAAAGUGCUGACACCUUGAGCCAGCGGGUGUCGUUCCUCAAGCCACUGUCCCGGUCCAAGCGAGACUCCACGUACUCCCAGCUCUCCCCCAGACACUACUUCUCGGGCUACUCCUCCAGCCCCGAGUACUCCUCAGAGAGCACCCACAAGAUCUGGGAGCGAUUCCGGCCUUACAAGAAGCAUCACAGGGAGGAGGUUUACAUGGCAGCUGGGCAUGCCCUGAGGAAGAAAGUUCAAUUUGCCAAGGACGAGGAUCUGCAUGACAUCCUGGAUUACUGGAAAGGAGUCUCUGCUCAGCAGAAGCUGUGA